AGGAAGAUAGCGUCUCUAAGUACGUUAGGGCGGGCUGUCCAUUACAGUAGUGUAGUAGUUUAGGAUAGCCUGUCCACUUGAAAACUGCGCCGGCUUCGAUCUCACUUUUGUGAUAUUUCUCUUUUGGUUGGUGUAACAUAACGGCGGAAUCAUAAAUUCAAAAUUCAAAGCUUUUGCCGCUUCCGUGAGGUGUCAGAGUCCAUGUCAAAGAAAUCUUUCUUCAGAAUACGAGGAGAGCAACAGUGGCACACGGUAGUGUGUUAAAAACACGGCUUUUUCUACCGUAGUCUACGACAUGUCUGGUGAAGCGGAGGGAUUAUGGACGGGCGAAAUCGAAACAAGUUUUCAAGAAGCGCUCGCAAUCUACCCGCCGUGUGGAAGACAAAAGAUAAUGUUGUCAACCAAAGACAAGAUGUACGGGAGAAACGAGCUCAUUGCGAGAUACAUCCUCAUGAAAACUGGCAAAGUUCGAACUCGCAAACAAGUCGCCAGUCACAUUCAAGUUCUGGCCAGGAAAAAAAUCCGCCAGUUUCAGUCAAGGAUCAAAGAGAAGACAUACGUAAACGAUGGGUUACAAGAAAUGAUGACGAUGUCCUCCGCGGAGAUUCUGUCGCCUGUCGUGCACCACGGAAGCGAAGGCUACGAAGCCCCGUCAUGUUCUGAUAUUCCGCCUGGUCCUCCGCCAGCGUUGUUACCGUGCUAUUCGACUCCGGCUCCGAGUCAACAUGGACAAUUAAUGAUUGAAAUCCCCCGAGCCCGAACUCCACCGAAAUUGCAGUUCCCGCCGGUAGCGAGAGAGCACAUAGCAGGAAUACCCGAAUUUACGCCUCCUCGCACGCCUCCUCAUAAACUUGAAACCAACUUCCAAGAUAAUACUUUUCAAAGUAGUUUGACUUGGGAAGUACCUGAUAUUACUCAGGAAUUAAAUUACAGGGAGACACAAGAAGAGCUCUCUCCAAAGUCUGGCAUCAGCGGGAGUCAUAGUAGUAACAGCACGUGGCGAGCGAUUCCGGAAGUUAUUUACAGCACAAGAUGCAAAGAAGAGCCCGUUAUUUCAACUUGUGUCUUGGGCGUGUCAGCAUCGUCCACUUUGCCGGAGACACCGACAUUCGAUGAUUAUUUGGUGUACGACGCUGACCAGACUUGUCCCUCUAUUGACUUCUCGGACAUGUAAACAGUGGUAAUUAUGAAAAGAGCAUUCUUAUUUCCAUACUUGCAUGUUUUAUUUGUAAUUUUUUUAAGAAGUGUUCACAUUGUGUUUCAUUGUUUGCAUAACGAGUUCUUCAACGGAGCUUCCUUCACCCGUUUCAUGACUUUAAAAUCACUUUCCGUUUCGCCAACCUCUUCCUUUGUCUAACAACCUGUCGCGAAGAAGCUUCUCGUGUCGGGUACUUUCAAGUGAAAUUUUUAUUUUUCUAACCAUCAGAUCAAAUUAAUGUGAAUUUUGUCUUCAUCAGUAGGAAAAAUAUGUUGCGAGGAAAAACAUUUUAGGUUCGAACGGAAUUAGUCUUAAUCCAGUGUAAUUUCCACUUGUCAGAUCAAUUGUUUAGUUUCAUCUAAAUUUGUUCCAUUUGAACUUUCCAUUCAUUACUUAAAUUAAUUUCACCUAUCAAAAUCGUCACGAGCUUUUAUCGAAGAAGAAAAAGCAGCAUUUAAGACAUCUUUUCCUCUCUUUCAGUGAGAAAUAAGCUUGGCUUCUGGUUCUUUUUCGUUUAUUUCCGUUUCUGUUGUCUUUUUUUCGCCGUUUCAAUGCCACCUGUUAUUCGCUUUAACGGUUGACACAACAGAUACCCGUGUUAAAGGCAGGGCCUUUUUUCAUGUAUCUUGCUUAUCCAUUCUUCCAAAACAAAACUACUGUUUACUCUUUUCAUAAGAUCCUUUGUUGGUCACGGUUCACUGUGUAUACUUGUUGCUGCUCACACUUCAAUCUGAGCGGCUACAAUCCACCAGUUCUAUUCAAGUACCCUAAUUCUCUCUUGACAGGAGCACGCGCCACCUAGUGCCUUUUAGGCAAUUUUUUAUUCGUAUACUUUGAGUUUUGGAUCUACCGAGUUCAACGAUGAAGUUUUCUACUUCUCAUCUAUUAAGGUUGCGCUAGAAUAAAGGCCUAUAUCCAUAUGAAAAGUUUCUGUUCAAUAUUCAUUCUACUUACAACACUUUAGCGCUGAGGAAUACUUUUUGGGUUAGUAUAUCCUGUCUAGUGUCUAGAGCUACAAAGGCGUACUGAUGCCUUGUAAACGCUAAGACGGCUCUUAGCAGGCGGUUCGUCGGCUAAUUAGUCAAUUUUGGUCGUUGUUGUCACGUUGCUCUCACUUCCGCUCCUGUUAGCUUGUGCCAUCCAGAUUAUCACUUGAACUGGUUUCUUCCGUUUCUAUUUUUUAGUUGAAAGAAAUAGCUUAUUAUGAUCAUAUUAAAUCAGGGAUAAUGUAAUUUUAACUUAGACCAAUCUCAGUCAAUUGCUUUAUUUCGUUUUCUUGUAAAAUUUCAGUUAUUCUACGAAUUUGCGUACCAUAUUUACUCAACAAUCAAGUCUCCUCGAAAAGUAGUCUGAUAAGGUUCAGCCUGUGAUCGAUUUUUCCUAAUCUGAUUCUUGAAGGAAAAUGAAGGUAGAAAUACCAUGGGCUUACUUUUCACAAAGGAGUUAUUGUGUUAUUACGUUUAUGUCAGCAAAUAUCAAAAGUGUGAAUUUCAAAUAUCGUGAUCUUUAUCAAUAUCGCGGCUCGUGAUAAUAUUAAAGGAAUCUAUAGUCUGACCAACGCAGCGGAAGAGGACGUGAAAUACUGUUAAUAACGGAGACGAAUUUGAAUAACGCCUUCUAUAGAGUGCUACGUUGACUCAAGCUACUUAAUUCUUAUCAAAAGCAAAUCAAAAAGCUAAAUUUCGUAGUUAUCAUAUGUUAAAGAAAACUUAUACCCCAUUCACACCAGCAAAACAUAUUUAGCUAAAAUGGAUUCAAUUGAAUAAAAAUCAGAUACAGAGGACUGAAGUACUAAAUUUUUCAAAGCAUUCAAGUCGUCAAUAACUUGUAUUUUCAACAGGCUAACUUCAAAGUCGACAAACAACAGGUUUGGGCGGCUUUUAUGAAGGGGAGAAAAAUAUAAAUAUUGUUUUACUGAACAGCCUAAAAACAUGUUUAAGCUUUGACGUGAAUGGGGUAUUAGACAUUCAUAUUCAUCAAACUUUGUUUUAAUCGCCAGUUUUUAUUAUAAACUUCUGCUUUAAGCGUCGUGAACUGUGAAGCCUACUUGCACACGCAAAACUCCUAAGCUGUAAUUUAAACUGGAUUUCCAGUCUUUUUCGUGUAUUAUAAAUAAUGAGCUCGUAUUUUGUUAUAUUAUUCAAUGCAAGCGUUACUAUAUACGUAAAUUAAUCGUACUAACCAAUCGAAUUU